AUGAUUUGGGGAUGCUUCUUGUCGACAAGGUGCAGUAGCACAAGGCAAUGGGCCCGUCACAAUUCGUCUUUUCCUGUUCAUCGAUUCGCCGAAUUGGCCCGCCGCCCGGCUUCACGGCACCAGAUCUACCAGUCAUUAUCGACCGACCCUUACGUCAAUCUAUCAAUUGAGCAUUUCCUGCUGGAAAAUGCCCCGGCCGACUCGAGCAUCCUCUUCCUCUAUAUCAACAAACCGUGUGUGGUAAUUGGCCGCAACCAAAAUCCAUGGCUUGAAACCGGUCUCCACGCGUUGUAUAAUGACCGCCGAGCGAACACACCAGAAAAUGACGAUGCGGUAUUUGUCCGAAGGCGAUCUGGUGGUGGCGCGGUGUUUCAUGACGAGGGGAACCUCAAUUAUAGCGUGAUAUCUCCUCGGACCUCUUUCACGCGCGAUAAACAUGCGGAGAUGAUGGUCCACGCGCUGCAUCGCAUUGGGGCUGUCAACACGAGUGUCAAUGACCGACAUGAUAUUGUCAUCACGCCCCCAGAGGACCUGGCGCAGCGUGACAGCAAUGAACCGCCAUUCCGGAAGGUCUCCGGUUCUGCAUUUAAGCUGACACGGCACCGGGCCCUUCACCACGGCACCUGUUUGCUGGAUUCGCCGAACAUCCAUGAUCUCGGCAAGUUUUUGCGGUCUCCGGCGCGGGGGUACAUCAAAGCCAAGGGGGUGGAUAGUGUUCGAUCACCCGUGGGGAAUGUCUCGAGUGUGCUGGCGGACUCGUUCUUCUCCAUGCAAGCGGUGAUGGAUAAUGUGGUGGAGGAAUUCGCCGCGUUGUAUAAUGUCAAUUCGGAUGCUGUUCGUCGAGCACGCCGGGCCCAUGCAACAGAGCCUGAAAUCUUUGCUGGUGACAGCUGGGUUUCAGGAACGGUGGGAGAUGUGCAAGGUGAUCAGGAACCGGAUAUUGGUAAAGGCAUUGCGGAGCUACGAUCUCUGGAAUGGAAAUACACCCAAACUCCACAGUUCACCUUUUCGACAUAUCCCACUGAAGAGGAUCCCCGUGAACGCCCACCAUUGCCUUCCUCGCUGCCUCCUUCUACUCGUGCAUUCCUCCGUCUCAAGUAUGGAGCGAUAAUUGAAAGCAAUAUUUCCGUCGCUUCGGAUGCAUCUAUAGCUUCUGAUCAAGCUACUCGCGUGCAUGAACUCCUGAACGGACAAAAGUUGCAUGAAAUGUCUGUCGAACGCUGGACAGAUGUGUUACGGCAGGGUCUUGGCACCGAUGGAGUGGAUGAUGCGCAAGAGCUGGCAAACUACUUUAGUGACUUGCUAGGUGGGCAUUGA